AUGGCCAAGGCCGAAAAGAACGCCAGAGAGGCCCGUGGAGUCCAGAAAGGACAGAGAGUCCAAGGCAGCGGCGAAAAAAAAAACCAAGCCACCAAGUAGUUGGUGUGUUGGCGCUGCCUCCACCUCUUCUAUCUCCAACAACCAGUUACAGUGAGUAUUGAUCACCACUUCCAAAAUACUUGGAUUUAAUUGAUAGAAUUCUUAAAGGAUAUAUGGUGGAAGGAUCAACUAAUGGCUCGACUCUCCUCUUUCUUUAGGUGUCCUGCCAGCUAUCAAGAACACUAAAAGUGGACGAAGGGUGGAGACAACAGGUGGGUGUUGGUGACACAGUGGUUAUUCAAUAGAAUCGUUGCCAUGGUUACGAGCUUGUUCAGCGGUUAAUUCUGAUUCUCUUCUCUUUCAGUGCCACCCAGGCCCCAUGACACCUGAGGAUGAGGUGAGAAUGAACUCCUCUCAUCUGUUGAUGACCCCCUUACCCCAGAGACCCCAGAGAGUGAUGUCACCUCCGUGCCACUUCUCUGGCGGACACAACCCCGUGAGAUGACACCUGAGUAACGUAGAGGAGGCGUCUUCUCUAGAGGACUUCCUGAACUCUCACCCGUGAGUUCUGCUCUGAACCGUGUUAUGUGCAGUAGAAAACAAUUGAAUCUAGUUGCCAGUCUACUAACCAAUGAUUCCUGGGUUUGUUUGUUUUCCAGUCAGAGAAAAGCGCAUCAGGAAGUUCCUCAAACAAAUGGUAAGCCCCCCCCAUUUUUCUUCUUCUUUACCCCCAUUUAUACUUCUUUACCGACUAAUCAUGCUAACAACAACAAAAAACGUGUAACUUAAAGACUAAGAGGAAAUGCUGUCAUUUAAAAAUGGUGUUUUCCGUAUUUCUUUCUAAGAAUGUGACCAUAGAGGACCUGGAGGACAUGUCCUAUGCGUUCCUCCUGCCAGCGAUAGCUCUGCUCAGGAUCUCCAGUCCAGAAUCAUCCAACUGCUCCUUCCGGGGUUCAGGGGUGCUGAAGAUCGUCUCGGAGACGUUCCACCGGCGAAGCUCUGAGCCAAAGGGGAGGCUCAGGGCGGGGAAGCCCCCCACGCCCAAUUCUGAACGAACAAGGAGCUUCAGGGUACAGCAGACAUGGUUGUGAGUAAUAUCCUGAGAAUGCCCAGGAGGACCUCUUCUAUUGGUAUGAAUGACCUGGAGACCACCAAUCAGGCAUCGCUAGAGUGCAUUGUUGGGAUGAUCCAUAAAGGAUUGGGAGAAUGUCAUCUAGUCAGCAUAACCAAAUAUAAACUUUUUGGUAAAAACUCAACGCGUCCGUGUUGGAGGACAAGAAUGCUGAGUUGCAUCCACAGACACCAUCCUUACCUGGUGACUCAUUGAGGGGUGGAAACAUCUGCUUGGGGCGGUUUUUCUGCAAAGGGACCAGUUGUUGACGUAGCUCUGAUCCGUGUAAAGGCAAGAAUGCAUGGUGGCUAUGUUUCGUGAGCAAUUCAUAGUGUGUGGAACAACGCCAGACCGGGUGGGACCUCCUUCCAUCGCAACGGCAUUGAAGAUGAAACGUGGCUGGUCUUUAUCCGGCAGUUAUCAAUGUAUCCCAAACAACACACCGUGGCCCGGCCUCUUUUCUUUAAUUGACUGCGCAACGGAGGAUGGCUCGUCGUUCAUUUCAUUUCAGGUCCUGGAUGUCCUAUAGCCAGUCUCCAGAUCUCAAACCUCUCUCACCCCAGAGAAAAUAUUUGGAGGGAGUUGAAAGUUCGUGUUGCCCUGCGACAGCCCCAAAAACAUCACUUUCUCUAGAGGAGAUCUGCACUGGCGGAAAUGGGGGGCCAAAUACCCAGCACAAUGUGUCGAAAACCUGGUGAAUACUUACACGAACACGGUUUGACCCUGUGUCCAUUGCAACAAAUGGUAUAUACAAAGUAUGAGAAAACUUUUUGGUUAUUGACUCAAAUACUUAUUUUCCCACCAUAAUUUGCAAAUAAUUCAUAAGAAAUCCUACAAUGUGAUUUUCAGGAUUUUUUUUCCUCUUGUUGGUCUGUCCUAUGUUGACGUGUACCUCUUGAUGAAAAUUAAACAGGCCUCUCUCAUCUUUUUAGUGGGAGAACGUUGCACAAUGGUGGCUGACUAAAUACUUUUUUUCCCCACGUACUAGUUUAUGUAACUCAUACCUUCAUUCUGAUUCUUAUUCUAAAGUUAGCCCUUAUGUGACAUGUCACUCAGUACCGUCAUGUCACAGACCAUCUCCUGAGUGGCGCUGUGGUCUAAGACUGUGCCACUAGAUCCUGGUUCGAAUCCAGGCUCUGUCGCAGCCGGCCGCGACCGGGAGACUCAUGGGCGGCGCACAAUUGGCCCAGCGUCGUCCAGGGUAAGGGAGGGAAUGGCCGGCAGGGAUGUAGCUCAGUUGAUAGAGCAUGGUGUUUGCAAUGCCAGGGUUGUGGGUUCCAUUCCCACGGGGGGCCAGUAUAAAAAAAAUAUGUAUUCACUAACUGUAAGUCGCUCUGGAUAAGAGCGUCUGCUAAAUGACUAAAAUGUAAAACGAUUUUGCUAAUAUUGUUGUUUAUCUCAGAACUUCGUGCCGAAGCCCCCACGAGGCCCCAGGCUGAGCGGUCAGGCCAAGAUGGCCAAGGCCGAAAAGAACGCCAGAGAGGCCGUGGAGUCCAGAAAGGACAGAGAGUCCAAGGCAGCGGCGAAACAAACCAAGCCACCAAGUAGUUGGUGUGUUGGCGCUGCCUCCAACCUCUUCUAUCUCCAACAACCAGUUUAAAGUGAGUAUUGAUCACCACUUCCAAAAUACUUGGUUUAUUGAUAGAAUUCUUAAAGGAUAUAUGGUGGAAGGAUCAACUAAUGGCUCGACUCUCCUCUUUCUUUAGGUGUCCUGCCAGCUAUCAAGAACACUAAAGUGACGAAGGUGGAGACAACAGGUGGGUGUUGGUGACACAGUGGUUAUUCAAUAGAAUCGUUGCCAUGGUUACGAGCUUGUUCAGCGGUUAAUUCUGAUUCUCUUCUCUUUUCAGUGCCACCAGGCCCCAUGACACCUGAGGAUGAGGUGAGAAUGAACUCCUCUCCAUCUGUUGAUGACCCCCUUACCCCAGAGACCCCAGAGAGUGAUGUCACCUCCGAUGCCACUUCUCUGGCGGACACACCCCGUGAGAUGACACCUGAGAACGUAGAGGAGGCGUCUUCUCUAGAGGACUUCCUGAACUCUCACCCGUGAGUUCUGCUCUGAAACCGUGUUAUGUGCAGUAGAAAAAAUUGAAUCUAGUUGCCAGUCUACUAACCAAUGAUUCCUGGUGUUUGUUUGUUUUCCAGUCAGAGAAAGCGCAUCAGGAAGUUCCUCAAACAAAUGGUAAGUCCCCCAUUUUUUCUUCUUUACCCCAUUUAUACUUCUUUACCGACUAAUCAUGCUAACAACAACAAAAACGUGUAACUUAAAGACUAAGAGGAAAUGCUGUUCAUUUAAAAAUGGUUGUUUUCCGUAUUUCUUUCUAAGAAUGUGACCCAUAGAGGACCUGGAGGACAUGUCCUAUGCGUUCCUCCUGCCAGCGAUAGCUCUGCUCAGGAUCUCCAGUCCAGAAUCAUCCAACUGCUCCUUCCGGGGUUCAGGGGUGCUGAAGAUCGUCUCGGAGACGUUCCACCGGCGAAGCUCUGAGCCAAAGGGGAGGCUCAGGGGCGGGAAGCCCCCCACGCCCAAUUCUGAGACAGACAAGGAGCUUCAGGGUACAGCAGACAUGGUUGUGAGUAAUAUCCUGAGAAAUGCCCAGGAGGACCUCUUCUCCUCUGGUAUGAAUGACCUGGAGACCACCAAUCCAGGCAUCGCUCUGACCGAUGAGAGGCUCUCCAGCUGCUCUGGGUCAUCACAGGGAUCGAGCCGGUCCAACAUGCCAGAGCUGGUAGAGUGUGUGGAUGCUCAGCCACUAUCUCUGGAACAUCCAAGUGUGUCCUGCUCCAACAGAAGCUCUGGGUCCUCACAGGGAUCGAGACGGUUCGACCUCUGUCAUCAGGCAGUGGAGAUGGAGAGGGUUUAUCUCCAGAGAGACACACCCCACUCCAGUGUCAGUGUGAGAGAACUGGGGUCAGUGAGGAGGGCCAAGAGAAGGGAUGUCCAUAAAGCCCUCAGUGAGGGGUCCCUCAAUGUCUUUGCCCUGUUCAGGGAGAGGGCAGGGGAGAUUUGGCAGACCAGCACAUGGGACAUGGAGCAGACCCAGCCUCCCAGCACCCCCACAUCCAGCGAGGAGGAUUUGUGGGACAGCGACUCCAGCUUGUCUCAUGGGGUUGGGGAGGAGGAGAGGGGCAGCUCCCUGAUCCUGACCCCCCAGGCCUCCACCUCACUCUCUGAUCAAGACAAGAGGGCACUAGGUUAGUUAUUAUGUAGUCUUGUCUCCUUUUGCUCCCUUGUUAUUAUUGUUAUUGCCAUUUACAAUGUGACCAAGAUGUUUUGGGGUGGGGGUGCUGUCGAUGGGGGGAGGGAGUAUUUUUCUCCGCUCUGCUGACAAGUCAUUUUCUCCGCUCAUACAGGAGUCAUAAAGACCUAGUUCACUAAUUUUGUGAAGAAAAUCAUCUAUAAAAAAUUAUAAUGAUAUAUCUAUAUAUACAUUUUAAAUAAAUGUUGAUUUGACUAGAGGACGUCUGCCAGAUCCUGACCGCCUGGGUGGAAAAGAUGCUGAACAGGACCUGCAACGACAAUUACAGGGCCAGUGUCAUCAUCCAGAAAGGUCCAUUUAUAACCUGUUUUACCAAUAUGACCAGUAUUAACCCUGUUAUAACCAUGUUAAUACCUGUGUAUAACCAGUGUAUUAUCAUUAUAGUAAAUGUACUAGAUACUGCAUAGUGCUAUACAUAGAUGUGGCUUUGAAUCAGUUCAGAGUAUUAGUGUGUUUUCUUAGGAUUGGAUUCUGGUGCCAGGGACAGGUUCCCUUACACUCAGUGUCCUUCUUCAUCAGAGGAAGAAGAGGAGUUGGUAACGAGUGUCAUGACUGUCUUAAACCCAGAGCCCUCCACCUCAACCAAGGCAGCACGGGCAGCUCCUGCACAGACCCUGGAGUUCAACCCCUGUCUGGAUGAAGAUGAGGUGGUCCCCAGCACCUCCAUGGGUGCGGGAUUCCUGACGACCACUCAGGCAGCAUGGGCAGCUCCUGCCCAGACCUUGGAAGAAGAGGUCGGGGGAGCUGAUGUCUCUGAGGUGAGUACCAGCUCCCUGUCCCCCACUGAGUUCAGGCAGGGCCUCCUGGGGAAGAUUCCCUCUCUCCUUCCGGGUGAGAUCCUCAUCGAGGAGGACAUCUCCUUUCGCAGCACUCCCAGGGACACCGUCAUGAGCCCCCAGACCCUGAAGCUUAUCCUCCAGGGCAUCAUGCGCCGACUGGAGGCCUCAGAGUUCCCCCUGGCCAUGAUGGCCAACGACCCCUUCAGGCUGAUGAAGAAUCUCUUUGUGGAGGUCCAGCAUGCCCUGAAGUAUGCUGACAUCUCUGUCCUCUUCAGCCUGGAGGAGAGCAUACAAUUCAGGGGGGAAGAUGCAAUGAAGGCCAUCGUGAAGGCUGCGGCUAAAAGGUUGGAUUCCAACCAGGCUCAACUGCGUGCCGCACGCUAUGGUGGCGAGGUAGCCGUCUGUUGCAUGGCAGAUACCAUCACGCACGUCAUAGGCGACUACGCCCAGGACUGGAGUUCUGACGGCCAUUUUGGAGCGAGGAGGAGCCUUGGUAGUGGGAGGUCACGCUCCUCCUCAAGCUCCUCAAAGAGUGACAUCACCCUCACAGAGGAACUCUUGGCCCAGGGGGAAACCCUAGAAGAGGACCAAGAGGAGGUGGCUGCGAUCGACGACAACAAGAAAUGUGACUCUGCUAGCUUGGAGAAGGCCAGCAGCAGCUCCCUCUCCGCAGACCUUGUGGACAGCACCUCCACACAGGUAAGGAGUCUAUCAUUAACCAGUAUGUUGUUUAGUUAUUGGGGCUGUUUGAUUGUGAGGCACCAACUCAUAUCUGUUUUGUCUCUCUACUAAGAAGACAGUGAAGGAUGAGGCUGUGAAGGAAGGAGUGAGGAAGUCAGGAGAGGGGAAGCGAGGUCGCAAGAAGACCCUGAAGAAGAACAAGGUGUCUCCCCUUGGCACUGAUGGUAAGUCCUCCCUUCUGUCAGUCCACAUGUCUAUUUGUCUUCAACAAAAUUCUAUUAUUUCACCACAUUGUAAUGUUAGGGGAAGAGACUAUGAUGAAGUUAUCAGGGUCUUAUUCAUUAAACGGAAGUAACAGGGAGGAACUUCCUUGAACAAAAAAAAAGGUGUUUUUGUUUUCCAUUGCAAAAAAUUUUUUUACGGUUUGUCCUACUGAUGUCAUGCCAUGUUCUCUGUCACCUGUUCAGAAACCGUGGCUGAUGAGCCGGGGAAAAAACGAUCUCUCCUCCUGAGGAUUACAGCUGCCCUGGCAAAACUAUUUUGCUUCCCCUGCAAAAAGAGAAGCGGCAAAAAGUAGUUGUGUGGGUAUACCCACUUAGUGCACUUCAGUGCACUUGCCUCCUCUCCACAAACCCAGAGUCAACAGAAGAGGGAGACAAACCCCCCUACUCACAACCCAUUUGAUGAUUCCAACCAUACCCCCACGCUAUUGUGGCGAGGGAGCCAUCUGUUGCAUGGCAGACACCAUCGCACACGUCAUAGAUGACCAUGCUGAAGAUUGGAGCUCUGACGGCCAUUUUGGAGCCAGGAGGUAGUAGUGACAUCACCCUCACCAAGGAGCUCUUGGCUGAAAGGGCCAAGGAAGCGGACCAAGACGACGUGGCUGAUGAUGAAACUGGCAUGACAAUACCCCCCCCCCAAAAAAAAAAACAAAAAAAACAUUACAAUCCAUGAUGAUUCCUCCCAUAGUCCGGCCCGGACCUAUUUCAUUCAAUAAACAUGUACUUGCAUCUAUUUUGAACCUCUUUUUUUUGUUUUUAACAGGCCUACUGUAGACUAUAAAUUAUUAAGUGCAAAUUGAUGUGUGUACUGCAUCAAUAUUAUGAGUUCACUGUGCCAGUCAUUAUGAGUUCACUAUGCCAGUCAUUAUAGUUAAUCUAGGCUUUAACACUCUUAACUGUAUUGGUAUUGACACAAUAAGAGUUACAUUUGAGUAUUUUCUCAAUUUGUGUUUCUGAGGGAAUACAUCUGCAAUAUACUGCUAAUAAUGUUAAUCGAGAGGGAAAAAUACUUCUGGAAAUGUACAAAAAAGAAUAGAUCAUAUUCUUGCCUUUGACAGUUUAGAUCAUUCAAAUGUAAUAGCUUCAGGGUUGUGGAGGUCAUAGUCUCUUAUGACGGCUACCAAAGUCCAUCCUGCUUUCACCACUCACUCGCACUAGUCCAAUAUCUUAACCUCUCCCUACCGGAACCUAAUCGAGUAGCUGGCCCGGCACUCACGCAAGAUUUGGUUCUGGGUUGCAGAGAUUAUGGAGGUCAAAACAAGGUCUAUGGCUGCGUUUACACAGGCAGCCCAAUUCUGAUCUUUUCCACUAAUUGGUAUUUUGACCAAUCAGAUCAGCUCUUUUUCCAAGAAUUGGGCAAACGAUCAUAAUUGGACUGCCUGUGCAAACACAGCCUGUCAUGCAGGACCUGACCAGGAAAAACUCUGAUCUGAUAAACUGUCAAAGGCAAGAACAUGAUCUAUACUACUAUUUCCAAAAGUAUUUUUCAAUAAAGUUUAACAUUAUUAGCAGUAUAUUGCAGAUGUAUUCCCCAUAAUAUACUCCAGCAAGCAAAAGCCUGGAAACGGAACAAGGUAAAAUCAAAUAAACUCCUGCCCUAUACCCCACAAGUAAAUAGGAUGAAAGACUUGAUGAUGUGUAUGUAGGCUAUGUUUAUUUAGCCUGCUCAUUACUGCUAUCAGAUGGAAGCAGGCUAUUUCUGGUGUGCAUUUUCAUAGCCUUUGUGUGAUGUGUUUCACCUAACAGCACCUAUGACCAGGUGCUCCUUUGCUCUUCCGUCUCAGUCUACCUCUGGCAGUAUCAAAUUCUCGGUAAGCAAAUCUCCCAUUUGCAUGCCCUGCGAUUUGUUUUCGUUUUAUUCAGCUAUAGUUUGAGUUUCUGCUUAUGUAGGGAUAAGGAGGUCAAUAGGGAAAGGGGAUACCUAGUCAGUUGCACAGCUGAAUGCAUUCAACCGAAAUGUGUCUUCCGCAUUUAACCCAAGAGAGGUGCGGGGGGCUGCCUUAAUCGACGUCCAUGGCGCCCAGGGAGCAGUUGUUGUUGGGGGUUAACUGCCUUGCUCAAGGGCAGAACGGCAUAUUUUCCCACCUUGCCGGCUCGGGAAAUCGAACCAGCAACCUUUAGGUCAUUGGCCCAACGCUCCUUAACCACUAGGACAUGCUGCCCAAUAGAGUGCAUAUCUCUCUCUCUCUUCUCCUCUCUCUCCCCUCUCCCAUCUCCUCCUCUCUCCUCUCUCUCUCUCUUCUCUCUCUCUCUCCCUCUCCCUCCCUCUCAUUCUCUCCUCCCCCUUCCCUCCUCUCUCUCACUCACAUUCCUCUCUCUCUCGCACUCUCUUCUGUCUCCUCCUCUCUCUCUCUCUCUCCUCUCUCUCUCUCUUCUCUCCUCUCUCUCCCUUCCCUCUCCCUCCUCUCUUCCUCCCUCUCUCUCUCCUCCUCUCCUCUCCUCUCCUCCUCCUCUCCUCUCUCCCUCUCUUCCCCUCUCCUCCCUCUCCUCUCUCUCUCCUCCUCGACUCCCUCUCCGCUCCUCUUCCUCUCCUCUCUCUCUCCCCUCUCGUCCACUCCUCUCCUCUCCUCUCUCUCUCUCCUCUCCUCCUCUCUCUCUCCCUCUCGCUCCUCUCCUCUCUCGCUCCUCUCAUCUCUCUCUUCCUCUCUCUCCUCUCUCUCCUCUCCUCUCCCUCCUCCCCUCUCUCCCCUCUCUCUCCUCCUCUCGUCUCCUCCCCCCUCUCUCCGUCUCUCUCCUCUCUCUCUCUCUCUCUCCUCUCAUCCUCUCUCCUCUCUCUCUCUCUCCUCUCUCUCAUCUCCUCGCUUCCAUCCUCCCUCAUCUCUCCUCUCUCUCCUCUCUCCCUUCUUCUCUCCGCUCUCCUCUCUCUCUCUCUCUCUCCCCUCUCCCUCUCUUCUCUCUCUCUCCUCUCUCCUUCUCCUCUCCCUCUCCUCUCACUCUCUCCAUCCUCUCCCCUCUCUCUCCUCCUCUCUCUCUUCUCUCUCUCUCUCUCCUUCCUUCUCCCUCCCUCUCUCUCGCUCUCCUCUCUCUCUCUCUUCUCCUCUCUUCUCCUCUCUCCUCUCUCUCUCAUCCUCUCCCUCCUCUCUCUCUCCUUCUCCUCUCUCUCUCUCUCUCUCUCUCUCUCUCUCUCUGUCUCUCCUCUCUCUCUCACACUCACACACCUCUUCUGCACAACACUGUACCUCAGUUAGUCUUUGGUACUAUUGUUAUGUAUUGACCUAAUGGCUUGUAGACUUUAGAAAAGUGGCAUUUGCUUAAUGUAGGCUAGUAUGUAUCCACUAUAUAUUUGGGCUUGCUUUCAAUAUUAGAUAAUGAGUUUAACUUGUAGAUUUCUGAUAUUAAAUGCUGUACAGUCAUAUACUUUUUAUUCUACUGUAACUGUACUCCAUUUACAAUCUUGUGGUUGUGAUUGUAUGGGCACAUUAUUACUUGUAAGCAGAGUAAUAACAAUAGCAGUUGUUUUGUGUGUGGCGAAAUAGAAAAUCUGGAAUAGGGGAAAGAGAUAAGCAACAGUUUGUUCAUUAGGAGAAGAUGGAAAUGACAAAUCCAUGGUCUGGACAUGGUCACAUGAUACAUUGGGCGCGCUCCUGCUACCUACCAUACACAUUGCGCCAGCGCAACCGCGCGCAGCUCCACCAGAAAAAAAAAGUGUAGCCUCCCGCUCAAGCCAUCAUCGGCAAUGCGCGGACAGACAAGGCGAUAUUCCUCUGCCCUCCAAAACCAAACGAAUAGCAAACAACAACGCUUUUACCGGUGACACUCUUCGGUCAUUCGGUAAUAUAAGGUAGUCCGUUUGUAACGCAAAAUGGCUCAAAGCGGAUUAAAAGAAGGCUUUUGUGGCAUGUGAUACUGGGAGACGGACGCUUGAUCAUGUUUCACGGAUGUUACAGUUUUUUUUGCCUCUGUAGCGUUGUAUGUUAGCAAUGGAUCUCUAUCCCUCUUCGGAGUCUGUUAUGCGGAUAGGGAGGGAGUCGUGCCGUUUGUUCCCCUUGUGCUCUAGCUGUUGAUAGCUAGCCUCCAAAGAAAAUAACAAUGAACUGAAUCAAACAGUUUUGUUUUAGGCUUUUACCCUGCUGAUAUUUUAAAGACACACCCGGGAACAUUUUGUAUUUGUUGAACGAACCUUUUGUUGAAACUAGACAAACAUUUUGGGAUCACCAGCUUCUUUGGGCAGUGGUGCAUUGAGGCGACACAACAAUGGGAUUAUCUUUGACCAUUGACUGAGAAUAGUUUUUAAAAGUUAAUUUAUCUCAGAGAAUAUAGUGGUGAGUUUUUGGACAGAGCGCAUAUUUGCGCGAAAUGUGGAUGACUUGACAAUCUACCUGCCUAAAUUCGUGGAGAAGACCAUUGUGAGGACUCGCCGGGCAAUCGCAUGUGUCCAGUCUAGUUGGUCUGGUCUAGAACGGCUUCAUCACUGGAACACGACCACACAAAGCCUGCUAGAAAAACGAUGGCGAAUGACUCGAUGCAAGUAAGUGUCCCCUGUAGCUCAGUUGGUAGACCAUGGCGCUUGCAUCGCCAGGGUUGUGGGUUCGUUUCCCACGGGGGGCCAGUAUGAAAAAUGUAUGCCCUCACAAACUGUAAGUCGCUCUGGAUAAGAGCGUCUGCUAAAUGACUAAAAUGUAAAAUUGCUGUUACAGUGUAAUAACAGCGGUGCUACAAUGUAUACCUGGGGGUAUCUUCCAUUCGACAUCAUUAGAAACUCAAUGUGGUAUUCUAUUUUCUAAUUCCAAAUAAUAAUUUCUCUAAGACGAUGCAUUAUGCUCUUUAUGCUCUGUAUUUUGUCAAGACACUUGUGGCGUCCUGCGUUGUCACCGUGGCAUGUUUCCUCAUUGGUUCCUCAUCGCAGCCAAAUGGAUAUGGGAAGAGCUCCUGGCCGGGCAGGCGGGUGUUUGACACACAUACACACACACAUACACACACAUACACACACACACACACACACACACACACACACACAUACACACACACACACACACACACACACACACACACACACACACACACACACACACACACACACACACACACACACACACACAGAUAAACACACACACAUCCCAGUGGACCUCACCAGUUCUCAGAACCAUCUUGAGUCUGAGAAGAACCAAUAGCAGUCACAAGGCUCCCAACCUUUUUGGAAUUUAUCCUUUUCAAGAGGGAAAAAAACGUUUGAAGAAUUAUUGCUCAUUUCUGACAGCUUGAGUAAUGCGUUUCGACUAUAACAAGGACUUAGAAGAAUAUUACAAGGAGAAUAUGAAAUAUGAAAAGCAAUUAGCCUACUUGACUGUAUCCUUAUAUAGUAUUUUACAUUUAAGAUCAUAGUAGGUGUAAUGGCCAAUGUAUUUGAACAUCAAGACUAAUGUUCUUUACAGUGGAGGUUAUGAACAGCUCAGCACAGGUGCCACCACCACUCACAAAGACACUCUGAAAAUAUCCUAACAGUGGGUACAGUUGUAGGCUACAGAAGUUCCUCUUGCCUCUGCUCUAGUCUAGUGACAAGUCAGCAGUCAGCCCCCUUUUUACCUCAGCAUUUCCCUUGUGUGUGUCAGCAAGUCAUGAACCCAACUCUGAUCAAAUCAAAUUGUAUUUGUCACAUGCGCCGAAUACAACAGGUGUAGACCUUACAGUGAAAUGCUUACUUACAAGCCCUUAACCAACAAUGCAGUUUUAAGAAAAAUAAGUGUUAAGUAAAAAAAAGUAAAAAAAAAUAAAUAAGAAAAAUAGAAAAAUAACAAAUAAUUAAAAUGCAGCAGUAAAAUAACAGUAGUGAGGCUAUAUACGGGGGUACCGGUACAGAGUCAAUGUGCGGGGGCACAGGUUAGUCGAGGUAAUUGAGGUAAUAUGUACAUGUGGGUAGAGGUAGAGUGACUAUGCAUAGAUAAUAAACAGAGAGUAGCAGCAGCGUAAAAAUAGGGGGGGAGGGGACAAUGCAAAUAGUCCGGGUAGCCAUUUGAUUAGCUGUUCAGGAGUCUUAUGGCUUGGGGGUAGAAGCUGUUAAGAAGCCUUUUGGACCUAGACUUGGCGCUCCGGUACCGCUCGCCAUGCGGUAGCAGAGAGAACAGUCCAUGACAAGGGUGGCUGGAGUCUUUGGCAAUUUUUAGGGCCUUCCUCUGACACCACCUGGUAUAGAGGUCCUGGAUGGCAGGAAGUCUCCUGAGGGGGAAUAGGCUUUGUCGUGCCCUCUUCACGACUGUCUUGGUGUGUUUGGAACAUGAUAGUUUGUUGGUGAUGUGGACACCAAGGAACUUGAAGCGCUCAACCUGUUCCACUACAGCCCUGUCGAUGAGAAUGGGGGCGUGCGCGGUCCUCCUUUUCCUGUAGUCCACAAUCAUCUCCUUUGUCUUGGUCACGUUGAGGGAGAGGUUGUUAUCCUGGCACCACACGGUCAUGUCUCUGACCUCCUCCCUAUAGGCUGUCUCAUCGUUGUCAGUGAUCAGGCCUACCACUUGUUGUGUUGUUGGCAAACUUAAUGAUGGUGUUGAAGUCGUGCUUGGCCAUGCAGUCAUGGGUGAACAGGGAGUACAGGAGGGGAAUGAGCACGCACCCCUGAGGGGCCCCCGUGUUGAGGAUCAGUGUGGCAGAUGUGUUGUUACCUACCCUUACCACCUGGGGGGCGGCCCGUCAGGAAGUCCAGGAUCCAGUUGCAGAGGGAGGUGUUUAGUCCCAGGGUCCUUAGCUUAGUGAUGAGCUUUGAGGGCACUAUGGUGUUGAACGCUGAGCUGUAGUCAAUGAAUAGCAUUCUCACGUAGGUGUUCCUUUUGUCAAGGUGGGAAAGGGCAGUGUGGAGUGCAAUAUAGAUUGCAUCAUCUGUGGAUCUGUUGGGGCGGUAUGCAAAUUGGAGUGGGUCUAGGGUUUCUGGGAUAAUGGUGUUGAUGUGAGCCAUGACCAGCCUUUCAAAGCACUUCAUGGCUACAGACAUGAGUGCUACGGGUCGGUAGUCAUUUAGGCAGGUUACCUUAGUGUUCUUAGGCACAGGGACUUUGGUGGUCUGCUUGAAACAUGUUAGUAUUACAGACUCCGUCAGGGACAUGUUGAAAAUGUCAGUGAAGACACUUGCCAGAUGGUCAGCGCAUGCUCGGAGUAUGUUGACCUGUUUAAAGGUCUUACUCACAUCGGCUACGGAGAGCGUGAUCACACAGUCGUCCGGAACAGCUGAUGCUCUCAUGCAUGCUUUAGUGUUGCUUGCCUCGAAGUGAGCAUAGAAGUAAUUUAGCUCGUCUGGUAGGCUCGUGUCACUGGGCAGCUCGCGGCUGUGCUUCCCUUUGUAGUCCGUAAUAGUUUGCAAGCCCUGCCACAUCCGACGAGUGUCGGAGCCGGUGUAGUACGAUUCAAUCUUAAUCCUGUAUUGAUGCUUUGCCUGUUUGAUGGUUCGUCGGAGGGCAUAGUGGUAUUUCUUGUAAGUGUCCGGGUGAGAGUCCCGCUCCUUGAAAGCGGCAGCUCUACCCUUUAGCUCAGUGCAGAUGUUGCCUGUAAUCCAUGGCUUCUGGUUGGGGUAUGUACAUACGGUCACUGUGGGGACGACGUCAUUGAUGCACUUAUUGAUGAAGCCAGUGACUGAUGUGGUGUACCCCUCAAUGCCAUCGGAAGAAUCCCGGAACAUAUUCCAGUCUGUGCUAGCAAAACAGUCCUGUAGCGUAGCAUCCACGUCAUCUGACCACUUCUGUAUUGAGCGAGUCACUGGUACUACCUGCUUUAGUUUUUGCUUGUAAGCAGGAAUCAGAAGGAUAGAAUUAUGGUCAGAUUUGCCAAAUGGAGGGCGAGGGAGAGCUUUGUACGUGUCUCUGUGUGUGGAGUAAAGGUGGUCUAGAGUUUUUUUCCUCUGGUUGCACAUUUAACAUGCUGGUAGAAAUGAGGUAAAACGGAUUUAAGUUUCCCUGCAUUAAAGUCCCCGGCCACUAGGAGCGCCGCCUCUGGAUGAGCAUUUUCUUUUUUGCUUAUGGCCUUAUACAGCUCGUUGAGUGCGGUCUUAGCGCCAGCAUCGGUUUGUGGUGGUAGAUAGACAGCUACGAAAAAUAUAGAUAAACUCUCUUGGUAAAUAGUGUGGUCUACAGCUUAUGAUGAGAUACUCUACCUCAGGCGAGCAAAACCUCAAUAUUAGUUCGUAGUAUAUAAGGCAAGAAGUGUGUUGAAUAAUGCAUCCUGUUUAAAUGCUGCUUCUCAUCUGACUGUUGUUAAAGCCCUGUACUGGGUUAGUAAGUUACUUCACCCUUCUUUACUAACUAGAUGAUGUCGUCAAGUCACACUGCUUGCCACAUGGGUUUGCUGUACUAUUUAACAUUUCAUCUUUUAUCAAACUAUCUCUUAUCAGGGCUGAUUUAUUCAUUCACGUUUUCACACCCAUUCCAACUUCUCUUGUUUGGUGGAACUUAAAACUUCUGCUCCCAAAUAGGCCUAACUGGCUUACGAUUCCAGACUUGGCACAGUAGCCAACUAUUUGUAUAGCUACAGUACAAGAUACUACUAGAAAGCAGUACCAGGCAGGAGGGAGCCACCUCUCUCUCGUGAACAUGUUGACAUUUCAGCUUUUCAGGGGGUUGUUUUGCCCUCUCCAAACCCUCAGCAGGUUCACACACAAUGGAGGAGAGCACAGCUGAGAGAGGAAAAGAGAAGGCACGCUUGGGGGACUGACUCAAGCCACAGUGGGGCCACAGUGACGUAGUGGGAACUCUGGUUUGGGGGCACAGACAGGGAGCCAUUAUCCCCUCAGCCAACACAUACACUGGUCUGGUGUCUCGACUGUCAUGGUCUGAACUGAAGGCCUCUGCUGGCCUGGCAGUUGAUAAAGUCUGUCAUAAUCAGACUCCAUGGUCUUCAGUGGUGGGGGGCUUUAGCUUCCUCACAGCACGCCUUUUGUUCCCCACACACACAGGAAGACUGAUACAAAGCAAGCCGAGUAGGAAUCUGAACCCAAACUGCGUCACACUUCCUCCCUAAAGGUCAGGUAGGAACCAGAAUGGAGCGGGGCACAGGGAUGUUUCUAACUUCACUGUAGUAGAUGGCAACAAGUAUUGGGGGGGCACACAGGGAUGUAACUUUAUUGUAACUAGUGGGAUGUUAGUUUGUGAUAGCAGAAGUUUUACAUAGGAGAACGUUGGAUUGAAUAUCGCUGAACAGACAUUAAUGUAGCCUUUUUUCCAGUUUUGCAUGUUCACACACCCACUAGAGACAGACACUCAGGGUAAUGCAAACAGAUUGUUCACCUAAAUAGCUGCAUGAUGUAAUGAGACAGUUAUGCACAUAUCUCAGGCUUUCUCAGCAAGCCAAGGCCCUGUGGCCAUGUACAUUUACAUUUACAUUUACGUCAUUUAGCAGACGCUCUUAUCCAGAGCGACUUACAAAUUGGUGCAUUCACCUUAUAGCCAGUGGGAUAACCACUUUACAAUAUGUUUUUAUUUUUAUUUUCUUUGGGGUGGGGUAAGGGGGGGUAGAAGGAUUACUUUAUCCUAUCCCAGGUAUUCCUUAAAGAGGUGGGGUUUCAAGUGUCUCCGGAAGGUGGUGAGUGUCUCCGCUGUCCUGGCGUCGUGAGGGAGCUUGUUCCACCAUUGGGGUGCCAGAGCAGCGAACAGUUUUGACUGGGCUGAGCGGGAACUGUGCUUCCGCAGAGGUAGGGGGGCCAGCAGGCCAGAGGUGGAUGAACGCAAUGCCCUCGUUUGGGUGUAGGGACUGAUCAGAGCCUGAAGGUACGGAGGUGCCGUUCCCCUCACAGCUCCAUAGGCAAGCACCAUGGUCUUGUAGUAAUAAUUAGAUAAGAUACAUUUUGUAAUUUUUUAUUUGCCUCUUAUCUGAAUGUAGAAUCAUGGAGUUAGGUAGUUAAAGGGAUAGUUCAGGUAGUUAAAGGGAUGUAGGCAGACACACACUAGCUAAUGCAUUAAACUCCAUGCUACCAGAGACGAUGAGAGCCAUGCUGUUCACAAUUGAGUUGCUUAGGCUACGUCUUCGAUUCUUUUUCUUUUGUAUUUCAAAGGAAUAGGCCUUGUGCUCUCAAGAUUUAUAGGAGAAUGGUAUUUCCUUAUUGACUCUUAUCAGCAGAACUUUUCUUGUUAACUGAGACAGUCACACGCUCAGGACAGUGUCCUUACCGGCUGUCACUGACUUCCCCCAUUUGAUGUCCCUAUUGGCCGUCACUAUCUUUGAUCUCGGCUCUUACGGGUCGACAGUCCAUGCACUGUUUUCUUACUGGCCACUGUCAGACAGUGUCUCCAUGCGGUGUCCAUGCUGGCUGUCUGUGUCCCACUCCCAGUAGCACAGUGUGACUGUGUGAGUGUGAUGGUGGUGGGGGGGGCCUUUAAAGGGGAUUAUGCUGAUGAUGAGGUUCUGGCCAUAGCAGCACAAUGGCCCUUAUUGUCCCGACUGCAGCCCCAGAUCAUAUUCAACAAUGCACUGUGUUUCCCCAUCCUAUCCUGGGUGGCCACACCCUCACUAAUAGGCUAAAGCAAGGCCCCAUGGUGUGGCAUCAUGGCUGUGUGUUUGUUUUGUGUGGGAGUUUGUGUGUUUGUCAAUGACACACAAGUCGGUGUUGGGGUGGAGUAAUCACUUUUGUGUUGACAUGCUUUCACGUGUGAGUGUGUGUUUGAGUAGAGGUGUGUGUGCUGUGAGUUUGUGUAGAUGUGUUUGCCUAUUUGGGCCAGCUGGUUUGCAUAGGGAAGCCCUAGUUUUGUGUGUGUGUGUGUGUGCAUGUGUGUCCAAUGUUCAUAAACGUGCCCCUGCGUAUUUUGUUCAAUGUCUGUCCCUGCCAUCCCCUGUGCAAACAUCCUGCCGUUCUCAUGACCUCAUGACCUCGCACCUCUGUUCCAGCCCCUCCCUCCCCAGUCCCCAGUCCCCACCUCAUCCACAGUUCACACCCUGCCAUGACAUCACCUCUCCUUUCCUCUCUCCUUUCCUCUCUCCUUUCCUCUUUCUCUUAUCCCCUACACUGUGGCCAGACUUUGCCUCUGCCCCGGGAGCCCUGCCUGGCUUUGCCUGGCCUUGCCUGUGUGUGUGUGUGUGUGUGUGUGUGUGUGUGUGUGUGUGUCCACUCACAGGCAAUGGAGCCUCUGACGGAACGUGA